CCCCAAACAGUCUGAAGUGUCAGAUAGUCUUGUUAACACGUGAGAAAUCCGGUGUAUGGAAGAGGGUGAAAGAAGGGCGAAACCGGGAGAGAGAGGGCUCUAAAAAUACGCAGUGAGACGUCUUUGAGAGAGAUAGAGAGCUGGACUCGGAGGAAACGCAGAGGUCCUAAUGAGGGAAUGCCGAAAAGGAGAGCGGACAUACGGCCAGAACACCAGACAUGAGUCCGAGAUAUCUGUUGUUUCAGGUGGCGGACUGAAGACGAUGCUGGAUGCCAUGGAAGUUCCAAGUCAUGCUAGGGAUCUCCUCCUGCAGCUCAACAGCCAGCGAACCAAGGGCUUCCUGUGUGAUGUUAUCAUUGUGGUGCAGAACGCCCUCUUCAGAGCUCACAAGAACAUUCUGGCUGCCAGCAGCCUCUACUUGAAAUCUUUGGUGGUCCAUGACAAUCUCAUCAACCUCGACCACGAGAUGGUGAGUCCAGGGGUCUUCAGGGUCAUUCUGGACUACAUCUACACAGGCCGCCUUAAUGAGGGAGACCCCACUUCUCCCACCGAACCCAAUCUAGGCGCUGUCUUGGCAGCAGCCAGCUACCUUCAGCUGCUUGACUUAGUGGCUUUGUGCAAAAAGAAGUUGAAAAGAAAUGGCAAGUACCCUCCCCGCCCAGGUCCUGCAUUUCUGCCCUACCCAAAGAUGGGGCCCAAUAGUAUGGGUCUAGGGAGUGGUGGCAGGUAUAGGGUUUCUACUCCUGUCAUUCAGUCCUGCCCUCCAGGAGGAAUUUUGAAUAGCCAUGCAACCAGGGCACCACCACUAGAGGAGCUAGUUCCCCAUCGGCUAGCCCUUCAUGCUGGGGAGCUGUAUGCUCCCACCUCCACCCAGGGCUCUCAGGUGUUCCCAUCCUUGCAGUCAGCUCUGCCUGCCCAGCUUGGGCGCACAGCCCACACUGAGAGGAACUGCUCCCCCAACUACGGCCUUGAUCUCUCCAAGAAAAGCCCCAACUCCCAGUCUCAGCACACACCCUCUAACUCCCUUCUGGCAAACAAUCACAAUGAUGAGGAGCGAGAUGGGAAUCUGAGCGCUCGCACCAGUCCCAUGCAGGGGGCGAAUGGAAGGCCCUUCCCCUUAGAAAAAAUGGAGCUGACCGACCAGGGAAGCUCCCUUACUCCUCCACCUUUCCCUCAUCUCAACCAGUCUCUUGGCCCACACCUCCCUCACAUGCAUCGCUCGGGCUCCCAGAGCACAGAUCGCUACCCAUGCCCCCCCAGCCCUGACACCCCCACGGAAGGUGGAGAGGGAGGCAGAGAAAUGGGCAACAUCUACCGCUGGGUGAAACAUGAGCCAUUCACAGCUGAAGAUGAAGAUGAGGAUGAUGAUGAAGAGGAAGGGGGUGAAAAUGGAGACCAGCAUCAUAACCACCACAAGGCCGGGGAGGAGAGUGAAGGAGCAGAUGACAAGAGCGGGUCAGGCACAGAGGAGACAGGCAGUAGUGAAGGCCGCCCGUCACCUCCGGGGCCGAUGGGGAGGUUCCACAUGCCGUAUGAGCCAGAGAGCUUCGGGGACAAUCUGUAUGUCUGCAUUCCAUGUGACAAAGGCUUCCCGAGCUCAGAGCAGCUCAAUGCACAUGUGGAGACACACACGGAAGAAGAGCUGUAUGGCAACUCUGGUGGAGAGAUGGGAAACAGCAAUAAUAGCAGCACCAAAAACAUGAGCAGUAAUACAAAUGGUUAUGGGAGCCUGAACAGCAGCAACAGUUUGAACAGUCUGUCCCAUCUGGAGACCAAGUCUAGCCAGGGGUUGGGUUCAGGGGGCAUCGGGGAGAUGAUGCGGCCCUACCGCUGUUCAUCCUGCGAGAAGUCCUACAAAGAUCCAGCCACUUUGCGCCAGCAUGAGAAAACACAUUGGCUGACCCGGCCUUACCCCUGCAGCAUCUGUGGCAAGAAGUUCACCCAGCGUGGCACCAUGACACGCCACAUGCGAAGCCACCUGGGCCUUAAACCUUUUGCCUGCGACUCCUGUGGCAUGCGUUUCACCCGGCAGUAUCGCCUCACGGAGCACAUGCGCAUCCACUCAGGGGAGAAGCCCUACGAAUGUCAGGUGUGCGGGGGAAAGUUUGCUCAGCAGCGCAACCUCAUCAGCCACAUGAAGAUGCACAGCAGUGGAGGGACUGCAGGGGGCCUGACCACAGAUGGGAAACUGAAGCUGGACUUUGCCGAGGGCAUUUAUCCUCUCAGUAAAUAUGCAGCAGAGCAUCUGGGGCUGAAGCAAGAGAAGGCCAAUGAGCUUCUCAUCCAAGCCCAACAGCAACUGGUAGCUGAUGCAAAGGCCAUUGAAAGCCUUUACCCACUGUCCAAACUGGCCUCGGAGCACCUGGGCCUCACUCACGACAAGAUGGAUGUCCUGGGCCAACCCCUCCCUCCUCCCCCACAGGCCCUCUCUGAAGCCCGCACCAUUGACCGCUACUCACCCAGCUAAGACCACAUGACCUGUAUAAAUAACGAUCACCAAUAGGUCUGUGUGCACACACAAUUUGCAGUAUUCAAAAGCCAUUCACCUCAACUCAGUAUCUCCUCUGCACCUCGGACUCAGGCCAAAAGGAAUUGGUCUACUUAUGCGCACCAAAAUGUGCCUUUCUAUACAUCUAAUGUGUCUUAAAGUCCUUCAUAAAGGACCUCUUUGCUAUUCUGUGACCAAGAGACACUCACUUAAAGUACAGUAUUUAUGUGCAGUGUAUGCAAAUGAACAGUUAAAAAAAUUACAGCCAUUGAGCCAAAGUGACAAAUUGAAAACCAAAAUGAAAUUGUUUUAUUUAUUUUUGUAUUAUGGUGAAAUCCAAAGAGAAACUGUUGCAAGGACACAUUGCUAUCUGACCCUAAACCUGUGUACAAAAACUUGUGUACAAAACAUGAAAAAGCACAUAAGGACAAGAUUCAGGGUUUCGGUCCAGACCUGAGCGGAACUUUUACCAAAUGAAUAAGCCAACUCUUUUGGACUUUAAAGUAAUGGGAAGAUGGAUAUAUUUUUUCUUUUUUUUCUGUUUUUGGGGUACUGGACAAUUUAUGUAUCUCACUCUCCAGCUUCCAAAUCAUGCUCCUGCUUCCCAGGUCGCAAGGAAAUGACUGAACCAUAAGAGCAAUUGCUUCAACAUUUUGGUAAAGUCUCCUCUGCUUUAUUUUCUUCACAUUUCUUCAAGUAACCCACUCUCCCACAUAAUUGUGCGGAUAAAGGCUCAUACUAUGUGACAGUAAUGGUAGCUUAAUCAGCCUUAAAGUUAGCGUGUAACCCUUCUCGAGCUAAAACUUCCUUUGCAUUUUGACAAACAUCCUUAAGCUUUCAGUUGUUGCUGAGAUGCAGUAAGCACAGCCCUGUGAUCUCAUAACUGGGACAUGAUUGCACAUACCCAACUGAUGACACACUAAUCCCUGUUCAUGAUGAGUGUAGCUUCAUCUCAUGGUGACAUUCUGUAAUAUUUUACAAUUGUGAGUGCAGCCGAGCAGAGAGGCAGGCACCAGGCCAGAAUUAAUGACACAGAAAUCUGUCAUUUAUUGUCAAGAGAGGUUGCUCCAUUCAGAUUGUGAUGAUUAAUCAUGUUGUGGCAGUAGUCAGAUGCCGUGUUACCGCCCCACUGUCCGACCUCUCAUUUCACCUCCCUCCCCUGUAGUCUGUUGUCUGGGAGCCCUGCUACUGUUGACAGUACUAAGUGAGUGCUGUAUUUAGCCCUUUGCCUUAAAAACGCUCCACACACAAAUAUGACCCUCCCUCCACACACACAUAGGGAGCUGCUAAUCUGUCUCUGAUAUGAACAUAAGAAGGGGUUUGUGGGUCUUCCCUGGAAGCCAGCGGGUGAACAGCACACUCCAGCUGCUGUGCCUCAGUAAUCCCUGUGAAAUCUCACUUUCUCCUGGACAAUUCGCACUGCUCGCCAGCAUGAUGUCCCAUUUCAUGCCUGCCAUCUUACCCCUCUGAUCCACUUAUUAACAUCAUGUACGAGCCUAGCAAAUGUCUCCUGGUCUCGCCUCCCUUCCCCGCUGAUAUCAAACAUAGAAACAAAGAAUGGCAUAUUUCUGUGUUGGCUGACCAGCAGUUUCCUACCGGCGUGAAAACAAAAGAACACUUAAAGGUUGCGGGUAGAUGGCACAUUUUUGUCUUUCAAUGUUUAUUCCAAAGAAUAUGCUGGCCUUUUCUUUUUUUUCUUUUUCCACUUUUACUUGUCCUUGAUUCAGAUUAGAAAUGUCUGACCACUAUAGCGCCAAUGUCAACCUCAGUGGGUGAAUGUGAAGACUAAAGCCAUACAUACACUGUGAUAGACGGAGUGAAUCUUAAAGGCUUAAAAUACAUAGACAAUGUACCUGACUUUUGGGAUUGUUUUUUUUAAAUGUAACAAUAAUUUAAGGGUUUCUUCUCUGUAGCAUAUGAUCAUAUCAAAAAUGUUGUCUUCUGUCACUUACUUUUCUUUAUUUUGAUUUUAACUGAAAGCAGCGCACGUGAAACUGGUGCUUACCUCAGGACUGAACCCAGCAUGGGGACGCUAAGCUUUACUAAACCUUCGAGUAAAAAUGUCAACACACACACACACACACACACACUUAUGUAAAUGUUCUUAUUAACAGGGCAGCUGUCCUGUGUUAAACCUGUGGUUAUUUCUGUGCUUAUACAUUUCUUGUUACAGUUUUAUGGUGGAGAGAUAAUAUGUGAUAUUAACAUUUUUUUGUUUUUAUUGUUACUAUGCGGUAUACAUUUUCUAUUGUGUUGUCCUCAAAGAGGCUCGUGUCGUUCUGACCAAUUCCAUUAUUAUAAGGCAAAGUCAUAUUGGUAGUAUCUUAACUGGCUGUUUGUGAAUUUCUGAACCACACUUUAGUGAGCAUGAUGGCAUUGAGCUCUGGUUUCAACCACACAUACAGUAAAGUCUAGAUGAUUAGUGUAGUGUUUUGAAAUGUCUCCACAAGACAUGAUGUGUUAUACUUCCCUAAACAGAAGAGCAGUGGCUUUGCUGGGCAAGUAUGAAAUCUAGCCUUAUAUUGUUUGACCCUUUUCUCCAGAGGUUGGUGAACUUUCAACGAAAGUCAGACUGAGGCCAUACAUGCACACAAACACCCAGGAAGCCAGCUUGUUUUGGAUGAUGCUUCAAGUUUUGGGAUUCUUUUAUUUAGCACUGUAACAAAAAAGAAAGCACAGCUUAAAUGAAACAAAUAUUAACAGUAAGAACAAAUGUGCAUACGUGUUAAAAAUGUAAGAACAGGCGGAUGUCAGUCGUGGGAAUUUCAGUCCCCUCGCUCCCUCUCAUUCACUAGUUUAAAUGAAAAUCUGUCUCCUCUUUUCCCCUGCCUUCCACCAUUAAAAUAACACAAAGUCUUUCCACUGUCACUCCAAAUCUGUGCAGGAGGGAAGAGCAAGAUAAUGCUUACACAGUUCUGUAGGAUGUGCACUUUUUGAAAUUUGCUUAAUUGCAUCAAUGUAUGACAGACAGAGGGGGAGGGUUGUGUAUCUAUAGACAGGGAAAGCGUUUGCUUGUCUGUUUGUAUGUCCCUAUGCUAUUUGAGCGUAUGAAGGAGUGUUAAUGCAUGUCCUGGGAAUAGGGCUGGUGUGAAGGAGAAGAGCUGAGGAGCAGGAAGUGAACUUUUGGCUGGUGUGUUGCAUUGAGCAGGAUGUGCAGUGUGUUUCUGCUCAGAGGCAGAUAGAGAGACGGAGAAUGGGGAGGGAGAGGUGCACGGAGAACGCAGCAGGGUGGACUCGAGCCAUUGUCUUAGUAUGAAAGCCUGUUCGUACUUCUAAAACUCUCCAUUCAGAAAACAAGUAGACUGUAUCUUCUCUUUUCCUUCCCCUUUUUGCUCUUUGGGAAUAAGCCUCUGCUCCGUAUCAUGGUGAUACGACAUUGUGGACUUGUGAAGGGCUGCGCAGUAAUUUUUUUGCCAUCCUUUUGGUCACAGGAAUUCAUUACAAUAUUUUCUCUAUAUUAAGUAAAUUUUUAAACAUUUGUGGAGCAGUGCUGAUCAAUAUGAAGGGCCUAGAAACUGUAAUGUAAAUCAUAAUUAAAAAAAAAACAUCAGUAUUUCUUUUGCUCUGUGGUUGAUUCAGUUUUACAAGAGUCUUGUUUCAAUUUACUGAUGUAGCCACUCACCCCAUGGGGUUUUAUGUCAUAUGCGUUAUGUUAUUUAUAUGUCACACCAACCCAGAAAACCUCUCAUUGCCACCAGAGUAGUUAAGAUGAAGAUGUUUUGAAAGUAAUAAAAUUAGACAUUUAAAACUUUAUUAGUUACAUUAAUUUAUAUAAUGAAAAUUGAUAAAUACAAAUAUAAAUGAGUGCAGUAAGACAAACCACCAACUAUGAGAUGGGGGUUAAUCUUUUAAUUUAAUAAAAAUUUUUUAGGGCCAUUUCAUUCCUUUCUAAUGUUGUUAUGGCAAUCAUCCCAGGCCCGUAACUUUUAUAACACUAACAACAUCGAAAUAAAAAACGAUCUAGAUGUGUGACCCUGUGUAGACCAAAAAAGGGUUUAGGUUUUAUGUAAAAAAAAUGCUCAGUAUGCCUUAAAGCUUUCUACCAGCGGCAGCAGGCCAGGGUCACCUAUGUGACUCUGACAGGCUGAAUAGUUCUGAUCUGCAAUCAUACCGCUGUUUGACAUUUAUUGUAUUUCACGAUGUGUGCCAAAAGGACUGAAGCACUUAGCAGACAUCGCAGAUGCUUAAAACAAAACUCAGCGACAAUCUUUGUAGUUUCCACGGGUUGAAUUGUCGAGCUAAGCUUCUGACCAACUUGGACUUUGCCUGGUUAUGAAAGCCAUUAUCUAUGUGGUUAAUCAUGAGAGCACAGUGCAGACAUGCCACUAUUGUCCAGUGUACAUAUUUCUUUUUAUGAGGACUCAUGUUUAAAUGUAAGCUAGAACCAAAUAUUACUAAUAAUCAAGCCUUAUAAUGGUAUUAAAACCAAAAACUGACUCAUAAGUCAACCAAUUACAAAUGUGCCUUCAGUGUAACAAGCAUUGAUGAUUCUGCAAUAACUUAUUUGUGUGUGAGUGUGUAGGUGUUCUGAUUUGUCAUAGUGCACCUGUCCAUCUACAUGUAUAAGUGCCUUUCCCACAGUGUAGCAGGGUAAAGUACAAGGGAGAGAUCUGACACUUUCAAGAGUCUUUAUUACAAGCAGCUGCUUUAGAUUUAUUUCCCCAAACUGCACUUUUCUGGAAAAAUCAUUGUAUUGUGAUUUUUUAUUACUCUUAUGAUCCCCUAGAAGUCCCACAAUUGCCUUUCCUCUGGCACUUUGCUUCCUUCGCUUUCCUCCUCUUCCUCCCUCAAGUGCAGAGCUUGGCCACACUUGUUCACCGCCCUUGUUACCUCAAAGCAUAGCUUCCAUCCUCACCUCUCUCUGUCCCUUCUCUCUUCUUACACUCAACACAAACCGCUGACCUACAGCGCCCGGUGCCUCCCUCCUCUCCCAUGAUCCACUUACUUCCAGCUGUUUUUCAUGCUGAAGAAGACAGUUGUCUAAAUGUUUAUGUGAAGAGCUACUUUCUUUUUCUUUAAGCCCUGAUCAAUUUCCAAAAUGAACUUUGUGGCAUGUGUUAAAAUACAGCAGAUGACGGGCCAAAUAAAAAAGUCUGACAUCGUUAUUGUAUUCUGAUCCUCAUGCCAAGAAAUGGCUUACAAAGGGAGAUUAAAGACAGCAUAUCGUUGUAGAGGAAAUGCAGAAUAAUGUGAGGGGAAAUGUUCAGGGGAAAAUAUGCUCAGAAAGAUGCCAGUAAAGUAAACAUGUAUGAAAUUGCACAAUUGAGCCGGGCCUCAGCUGCACCAGCCAAGUCAUGCACUGAGAUGGAGAGAACAAGUAAGCUGAGAGCUGAGAAGAAAAGAAGCAGAAUCAGAGAGAAAAAUGGCUUGUGCUUGAUAGUCAUAACUUUAAGUAAAUAACAAAGAAAAGCUGGUUUCUUUGUGUGUCUGUUCAACCCCCCCCCCCCCCCCCCCCUCGUUCUGGGAGUUUUCAUUUCCCAUUUAAUAAAUGAAGGAAAUUAAUUUUUUUUUCAUUGUUGAUUGCUGCAGGUCAUUGACAAGGAUUUUUAAUGUUCAUGUUAAUGUCAGCGUGCCCUCAGAGAUGUCAUCUUAUUUCCAGGCCGAAUAAUUAUCACUCAAUCAGCACAUGGCCCACAGUAGGCUCUUUGUAGUUGGAUAGGGAAGGGGGUUCUGGCUGUCCAUGUCUUCCUCCAUCUGUUUGGCUUGAAUCUCUGUUUCUGUCUCUACCUUGAACACAUACAAGUCAGACUAAGUGGACUUUGGCUUGAAACCUUUCGUUUACAGUGUACAACUUCUGCUCCAGGAGUUUAAGUUCAAAGACAAACAAAGAGGAGAAAGCAAAGCAGGAAUUUGGAAGAGUGAAAGUUGGUCGGGGAGAAGAUUUGAUUGUAUAUCUCACGGACACACACAGCUGGAUGGCAGACUGCUGCUCCAGAUUAGGUCAGAUUUAAUUAGGCUGCCCUGAUCCGUUUGGAGUGUCACUUCUUGUAAAAAAAGCCAUUAUUAAAGAAAAGGUGAUUCCACUGACGGCUUCUACCCAACACACACUAAAACCUACACCAAAAUGUUACAGGGCCCCAGGGGGUCCUCACACACACACAUACACAAAGACACACACAAAACAUCUAUACUGGUGUUGGAAAAAGGUUAUGUGUAGAAAUGAUGGAUCAUGAUUUACUGAAGAUCACUGGGAUGUUUCGAGGUGGUUGUAUCCGUUCACAGAUAAGAAAGUUCAGCACUAACACAGACUGCCACGCAGACAGUUGCUGCGGAUAGAUGGAAAAAAAAAUACAUCACAGAUUACAUACAUCAUGAAUUUACCAUGGAAAUUAGACUUUUCAGUGGAAGACAUGAUCUUAUUUCAGCAGGCAUGAAGCAGAUGUCCAUGAAACAUCAUUGUCCAGUGUUUCGUUUUGUGGUUUUAUACCAUAAAAUCAAUUAAAAGCAAUACAUUAAACCAAACAGUAUUUUUCUGCAUUUCAUUGUCAAUAUUGAUCUUACUUUGCUUUAGUGAAAUGAAUGUAUUUAUUGCAUGUCAAAAUGUUUUAUAGUUAAUUUUUGUGUAAAUUUCAAUUGUGGGUUUUUAUAAUAAUUUCAUUUAAUUAUGGUGUUUUGAUAAAAUCAUGUUGAUAAGGCUUUUAUUUUUUUUAAAAGCCAAUGUGAAAAAUGUCAUGUUUUUUUUGUUUGUUACUAUACUCAAAAUCAACUUGGCAAUAAAGUGAAUUUACAAGGAAA